GCCAUCUAGAUCACGUGACCUUAAACAACAAGCAAGAUGGCGGACAGUACUGCAGAUUCAACUAAAAGUGAAGAUGACAGUCAGGAGUCUACUACAUCUAAGGUUUCAUCCUCUUUCAGUUCACCCAGCGCUCACAAUAAUGCAGGUCCAGAAUCUAGCGUGUCAGCAAGUGAUAAUAAUCAGGUGACAAGCAACUCAUCCGACACCAGAGACUCUCACUCUGUCGUGCAACCGUCAAAAUUUGGCUCGUCUGCACCUUCAGGCUUCUGGGCCUUUGGCUCAGCUCACAACCCUGGUGUUUACUCAAAUCCCUUUGUCCCGCGUGCCCCUUUAAGGACAGAUGUGGUUUCAACUGCAUCAUCAGUCCCAAGUGAGAGAGAAAGUCUCUUAGCUCCCAGCAGACUUGGUGCAGCUGUCAAUAAAGAUACUGGAGAAUCAGAAGCUGAAGAAAAGCGUUGCAAGUAUUUGAAGCCUUCCAUGCUAGCCACACCAAAGUUUGGAGGCUCAGGAUUUGGAGGUGCGAGUCUUGCUCGACCAGAGGUCCCAAGCUCAACUUUCAGUCCAGUGAACUCUUUUCACAUACGUCCCUCAGUGUUUUCUGGCCCCAGUGAAGCAAGCCCUGCAAAAGCCACUGCUCCCUUACUGAAGCCAGCCAAGUUACCUGAUCCGACAAAGGCUUGUGAUGGUAAAGCUGACUCUGCUGGUGACCACGAGGUGACAGAAAAGGCCAGUGAAGCAUCUGCCGUCAGCGUCCAACAGGACGGGGCAGAGGGCAGCGUGGGAGCCAAUGAAGUCUCAUCAUCAUCUUCGACCUCGUCGUCGUCUGCCCCGGUUCCGCCUGUGCACUGUGAGGCAGAUGGCGCCACUGCAGCAGACGCGUCCGCUUACAAUCAGGACAUUGUGCCAGAUAUUAGCAAAAAUAACAAGCUGAAAGAUUCGUCUGGUGUAUCGAGCAGCUCUUCGUCUGAUUUUGUGUUCGGGAAAAAUCUCUCACAACGGGUCACUGGAGUUACUUCACCCAGCGAAGUCACAAACGAAGCAUCAGCGUCAUCCGGUUUUGUCUUCGGGGAAUCAUUGUCAUCGCGUGCAGUGACAGAAGCAAAUGGGUCUAGUGAAUCUCCAGAUAAAGAUGACAGUGACUCAGAUUCAGGUAAAAUGAACAGAACAUUAGAGGAAUCUGCGAGGGAGUAUCAGGCCAAACAUGAAAAUAAAACAGAGCUGAAGGAAGUGGAAAGGAUAACAGGAGAAGAAGAAGAAUCAAAUGUUUUACAGGCAAAUGCUAAGCUGUUUCUGUUUAAUGCCAUGACACAGACCUGGGUUGAGAGAGGCCGUGGUGUGAUCAGGUUAAAUGACAUGUCUUCUGACGAUGCAAGAACAUUUCAGUCUCGGUUAGUCAUGAGGACUCAAGGUAGUCUCCGUGUGGUGCUCAAUACAAAGAUAUGGCCAGGGAUGACAGUGGAGAGGGCCUCUGGGAAGUCAGUCCGUGUAACUGCCAUGGACACUGACGAAAACAUCAAGGUCUUCCUUAUUAUGACCAACACAAAAGACUCAGAAAAUUUGCUGCGUGCUAUUGACUGGAGAAUCCAACAACUGAAGAUCUGUGAAGAAACAUCUCGUCCAAAUCUUGACAACAGAGGUGCGGGCAAGCGGAAAGCAGACUCAGACUUUGAGUUUCCCAACAAGAGCAAAAAAAUGAGCAGUCCUACUGAUUCGACUGUUUUAGCCAUGAAGAAAGAAGAGUCUGACAGCAGUGUUCAAGAUCCUGAAACUGAGGCUUCCUGCGAAAGCCACUCAUCAUCCCUGACAAUCAAAUCGGAGUCCGACUAAAUUGCUUACAGUAUUCACCACAUGGCUCAUAGUCUAGCGGCCGAGUCUCCGGUGCGUUGUGUGGGGAGGCACUGACAUCUCAGCCGUGACCGGCCUGAAGAUGGGAGAAACAUGCUUGUGGCAUUACUGCGCUCUGAAUGCCUUGAGAACUUGAGGAGGAGGAUAUUGCAAGUCACAGUGAAUGGUUCUGCAAGCCUGGGUUAGUUCUGUGGCAGAUUGUCUCAGCUGUCAAGUCAAAUAAAGCAUCCCCUUGAGAGUUUCAGUUGAGUGGUAGGUCAUUUCUGUUUUACCAAAAUGAUGAUAUAUGGUACUUUUUCAAACCUGUUUUUGUUUGUUUUUGUUUAUUUUUUGGCCACGCACCGUCAAACAGAUGAAUUAAAAAGCAUGCGAAAAACAAAUAGCUUUGCUUUGUGCUCUCAAAUUUUCAAAAUUACUGGCCUCUAUUUAAAGGGGUACGUAUUUUGCUGAAUAGUGUACCGGACUGUUAAUACCAUUUGUUUAUAAUGUACUUAGUCUUACAGAAUGCUUGGUCAGGGAACUCAGUCUUGUCAGUGUUACUCUAUCUCUAACAAAUUGUCAAAGAAUUGAUUUGUGCUCUUGUAGAUGGCUGUCUGUUUUAAAUUCUUCCUGAUCAAAGUGAAAAAGGUUAAGUCUAAAUGAAAUAUUUGCAUGUUUUUUUUAGCCAGGGAUUGCUAUAAAAAUAUUAUCAUUAUUUGAACAUUGAGUUGAAACUGCUUGGGAGUGUAUGAUGUGUUUUGCAGAGUGAAAAAA